UAUUAUAUGGAUCAGUUUUUGUUUGGAAUACAUUUUAUUAAAUUAGUAUAAAAACCUAAUAAUCACUAUUUAAUGUUUAUUACAUGUCUGUCUACUAUUUGUGAUACUCAUAGUAUCGUGUUGGUAUAAUAUAUACCUACCUACCUAUUCAAGUUUUACAAAUUUGUAUAUAUGAUCUUUGAUAUUAAAACACAAUGUCAGGCCUACAAAAUCGUAGUUCUCAGUUAUUCAAGUACACAAGACUUUUCAAUAAUGUCAAUCUCCCACGGUUAAGUUCAACUACUGCUAAAUCAUCUGCGGAAGUGAUUCAACGAGAGAAAAAAGUAUCUGCAAACAAUUAUGAUCCUAGCCCAGUGGUUAUCACCAGAGGAGAAGGUAUUUUCAUGUGGGACGUUGAAGGGAAAAAAUAUUAUGACUUUGUGGGAGGAUUUGCCACCCUCAAUCAGGGUCACUGUCAUCCAAAAAUUAUUAAGGCCAUGACAGAUCAAUUAAACAGACUUCAUCACACGUCAAGAGCUAUAUUUCACGAUUCACUGUAUGAACUUAAUGAGUUCUUGACAAAACAAUUUGAUUAUGAAAAAGUUUUGAAUAUGAAUACUGGUGUUGAGGGAGGAGAGUCUAGUGUCAAGAUUGCUAGAAAGUGGGGAUAUAGAGUGAAAAAAAUUCCACAAAAUCAAGCGCAAGUUGUAUUUGCCCACGGUAACUUUUGGGGAAGAACAAUUGCCGCUAUUUCUGCAUCCACAGAUCCAACAUCCUUUGAUGAAUUUGGACCCCAUGUUCCUGGUUAUCAAAUAGUGCCUUACGACGAUUUAGGAAAACUAGAGCAAGCAUUGAGAAAUCCAAAUGUGUGUGCAUUCAUGGUGGAACCAUUACAAGGUGAAGCAGGAGCAGUGGUGCCAAGCUUAGGAUACUUGAAAGGAGUUCGCGAGCUUUGCACAAAAUAUAAUGUUCUCUGGAUUGAUGACGAAGUACAAGCUGGAUUGGGCAGAACUGGAAAAAUGUUAGCAGUCGAUUAUGAAAACGUUAAACCUGAUCUAUUGAUCCUUGGUAAAGCACUUUCCGGUGGAGUCUAUCCAAUUUCUGCCGUAUUGGGUAACAGUGAAGUAAUGGAUGUCCUUACUCCUGGUACACAUGGGUCGACAUAUGGUGGCAAUGCGUUAGCUUGUAAAGUCGCACUGGCUUCACUGGACGUAAUCAUAAGCGAAGGUUUGGUUGAAAACGCAUUCAAGAUGGGUGAAAUCUUUAGAUCCGAACUCAAUGCACGUUUAAGCAAAGACAAAGCAAUCAAAGUCAGAGGAAGAGGCUUACUGAAUGCUAUCGUAUUGAAUACAAAAGGAGUAUCUGAUGUCUACAAAUUAAACAAUGAACUGAAAUCAAAUGGAAUGAUAUCCAAGCCUAUUGGGUCUGGUGCAUUGAGAUUCUCACCACCAUUAAUAAUUACAGAAGCACAAUUACGUGAAGGAAUUGAUAUAAUUGUAAACACUAUAAAUAAUUUUAAGAAUUAAAUUAUUAUUAUAUAUAAAUCAUUAUUUAUGAUUUAAAUAAUUAAGUACUUUUCAUAAAACUAAUAUGUCCAUUACAUCUAAAGAUAACAUAAUUAAUUAUAUUUUAUAAGUUAAAACAGCAAAUUGAAUGUUUGUAAUUCAUACACACUUUAUCAGUAUCAUUAAACGUAUUAUUAUAUUA